AUUCCUAUACAGCUGGUUGUAACUCACUAAACUGUUUAACGAAAAACAUUUUUCUACAGGUUUAUUAACAACGUAUGUUUCUAUACUUGGUUUAAUAUUUUUGUUAAGACAAAUAUGGAAAUUGGUAAUUAAAUCCAACAGUUGGUUUAGAAAUAGCUAGUUUACAACAUGGAGCCGAACACAACUCCUUGGUUUUUGAAUUCUUCAGCUGGUCCUCCCCCAGGCUAUGCUCCACUAGAAGUUCCAGCAUAUCUUCAAGCCAUAAUUAUAACUAUGUAUACCCUGAUCAUCGUUUUAGCUGUGGGAGGAAAUCUUAUAGUUUGUUAUACAAUAUUACGGGUUCGAAGAAUGAGAACAGUCAUUAACUUCUUCAUAAUCAGUUUAGCCAUCAGUGACAUUUUAAUGGCGAUUUUUUGCAUACCGUUUACUUUUGUGGCCAACUUGGUUCUUAACUACUGGCCCUUUGGAGAUUUCCUGUGUCCCGUUGUUACAUUCUUACAGACCGUGGUGGUAUUGUUGAGUUGUUUUAUACUAGUGGCAAUCAGUAUCGAUAGAUAUGUUGCCAUUAUUUAUCCCCUGAGACAAAAAUUAACGAAGAGACAAGCGGGCAUUAUCAUUGCCUUUGUGUGGUUUUUAGCAUUCUGCAUACCUCUGCCUACAGCACUUUAUUCCAAAGCUCAUAAAUAUGUGGAUUACCCGACGGCUCCCGAAUUCUGUGAGGAAAUAUGGACGAAUGGAACUAUCCGAUAUACUUACAGUAUAUGUAUAUUAUUGUUACAGUAUUUUAUUCCUCUUGUAGUUUUGGCUUUUACAUAUGGACGUAUUAUAUUUGUUAUGUGUAUAAAGAAGCCCCCGGGAGAAGCCGUGUCCACGCGUGAUAGAAUAAUGGCGGAAUCCAAACGAAAGAUAACAAAAAUGAUGAUCAUCGUAGUUAUAAUAUACGCAGUGUGUUGGCUACCACUUCAUAUUAUCACUAUCAUCGGUGCUGUCAACCCCGGUAUCUAUGACGAAAACCACAUGAAUAUUGUAUGGAUGGUGUUUCAUUGGCUAGCUAUGAGUAACUGCAUGUACAAUCCGUUUGUGUAUUGUUGGAUGAACUCCAAGUUCCGGUUUGGAUUUCUUCGAGUAUUAAGUUGCUUAAGCUUUGGUUUAAUGAAAACCCCAGAUGAGGCCGACCCUCAGCGGUUAAUGCAACGCCAGGAUACUUAUAUGACCACUGUUUCCUCGCCGGGGUACAAAAGCAAAUUCUGUACAAGGACUGUGUUUUCCAAUAAUUCCCAUUGUUGUCCGUUGAAUGGACGACAGACGGACCGUGAAAGAUCUAAAACUUAGUUCUUGCAAACAAAUUGCCUUGAGUUACUUGAGAUGGUAAAGGCCAAACAUUGGUUAGUGUUGUCUAGAUCGAAAUGAAAAGAAACAUAUGGUUAAAUACGUUAAAGUAACCCAUGAACUAAACGUGAUGUUUAGAAAAUCUAAUAAAAGUGCUUAUUUUUACAUACGAUGUUAUAUUAUGUGAGCUCAUAUGGUUGUAUAAUUUACAGAGUUGAGAAAUGGACCACCAGAAUCGUUGGCGAGUGUUCAGAAGUUUCCCGCACAGACAAUUCUUAUUUUAUAUAACAAAGUUUCACAAUCGUAUAAUGACUGACAUAUGCGAUCGAGAAAUAACGAAUCGUAUUUCAUCGAUGUUCGAUGGGUUUUUUUUGUUUUCUUUUAAAAUUCUUCAAAAAAGAAAAUCACUAAUGAUAUUUGACUUAUUGAAAGUUAUUAUCCACACUAUAAUGAUGCAUAAAGUAAUAGCCAAAUCUGCUUUAUGUGUUUUUUUUUCUGGCUACAAAUGUUCUUUUGAAAUUCUUCAAACAAUGAAUGAUAUUUGUCUUUAAGAAAACAGAUAUUAUAGAAACUUAUUUUAGAUACUUUAAUUAACAUGCACUUGAAUAGGUACUUAUAUACAUGUAUUAUUAAGAGUGCAUUAUAUAAGAGAAUAAUCUGCUUGCAUCAAAUCUUAUUUAAAUUAUUAUUAUUAGGACAUGUAAUCACCCGAUAAGCCCAUGAAUAAUCAACUUUUCAGAACAUCGGAGGGCUUGAAUAUUAAUUGAAUUAAACUAUGAGCGCCAAACCAAAAAUGGCAAGCCGAGACCUAGCGUAGCACUGACAAUCGAUGAUACGCAAUUCUUGUCAAAAUUUUAAACAUUCAUAACUUUGCUCAGAAUAAAGUAAUUUGAAUGAAAUUUUCAAUCUCUUCAUUUUUCAUGGUCUAUUUGGAAACUAUCAUAGCGAGAACGACCAGUUCUUUAUCUAAAUCUUACAUAAUGCAUCUUUAACGAAUCACGAUUUUUUUAAUUUCUAUUUUUAUUUAUUUAUUUUUAGAGGAAAAAUUGAUGUUUCUUUUUAUCGAACCAAUCGAUUGUUCGGUAUCAAGAUCAAUAGUGAUUCUUUUGACACUACUAAAAAAUGAAUGAUAUUUGACUUUAAGAAAACAGAUUUUAUAAAAACUUAUUUUAACAUUCUAAUUAACUUGCUCUUGAAUAGGUACAUAUAUAUUAUUAAAAGUGCGUUAUGUAAGAGCUAAAUCUGCUUGCUUAUUUAAAGUAAUUUUUAUUGUUUAUUUUUUUCUAUUUUUUUGUUUCAAAUCAUAUUUAAAUUAUUAUUAAAACAUGUAUUCACCUGAUAAGCCAAUAAUCAAGUCUCUAGGACAACUAAGGGCUUGGAUAUUAAUUGGAUUAAACUAUCAGCGCCAAACAAAAAAAAACCCCAAAAAAUAGAAAAUCGAGAUAGCGUAGCAAUAACUAUCGAUGAUAACCUAUUAUUGUCAAAAUUUCAAACAUUCAUAACUUUGUUCAGAAUAAAAUAAUUUGAAUGAAAUUUUCAAUCUAUUCAUUUCCCAUUGUAUAUCUUACAACUAUCAUGGCGAGAAAGACCAGCUGUUUUUUUUUAUCUAAAUCUUACAUAAUGCAUCUUGAACGAACCGCGAUUUAAAAAAAAAAAUUAUAUUUGUAUUUAUUUAUUUUGAGAGGAAUAUCGGACUAAUCGAUUGUUUGUAUCAAUA